GGUGGAUACCCGCAACAGGGGUGUCCACACAGCUGAGCCUGGCGCGGCCUAGCUGUCAAAUCGGCGUGGCGAUACCACCACCAGGCCCGUCCGAAACGCAGCACAGGAGUACGGUCAGCGCCCCAUUGAAAUGGAGAGGUGAUUCUUGAAUGCGCGAGCUCCCAAGUUGUGCUUGCCUUCCGCCGAUCCUGAGAAAUACUCCCGCAAGAAAUGUUCAAAUCGUAUUCGCGUCUCCGAGAGGGAAAUGCGGCGACGCUACCUUCCUUCGCCUCACGGGCUACUGACAACAGUCGCAGAUGAUGUCCGGCACCCGCCGCGACAGCCUCGUUCCCGAAGGCUUUGUCGCGGCACGCCGAGAGAGUCUGCGACCAGAUGGCCUUCCUCUGCCUUUGCUGACACGCCGAAGCAGCCUGUUGCCACCUGAGAUUGCUCUCAGGCCGCGCCGGGAUAGCGUGAGACCAGAGCGGCGGGACAGCUACAUUCCGCCCGAACUGUUCCUUGGCCGCAGGGUGAGCUUGGCGCCAGAGGCCCUCAACCGGAGGCUGAGCCUGGCAGCCGCCGUGCUCAAGCCGGCGGCGAACGAGAGUGCGUCCCCGACGGAGGACAUUACCCCCUACGGCAGCUACUCGAGUUUCGACGCGGUGGUCCGUGACCGGAUACUCCAGGACAAGAAGACCGACGUGGAUGUCCGCGGUGAGCCGACUGUAUCGUUCCGCAAGGAUGGGGAACAGACGGGCAUUGACCUGGAAGCGAAGGAUGCCUUGGCGCAGCUGAGGGUGGGCGAAGAUGCCCCCGUGUUGGAAAGGGACCUUAUACUGGCGAGCGCACUCGUCAGAGAUGCUAUGGAGAGCUAUCAUUCAGACUUCAAGAUGACUGAGAAAGCAGUCAGGAUAUACAAUAUCUAUCACCACUGGGGCCUGCAGCUGGUACUGUACAUUUUCAUUCUAAUCAAUCAUCUCCUGGCUGUUUUCGAGAGGCCUGCCGUUCACGGCUGUGAACUUCCCCUUUGGGGUACCAUGUUGAUAGAAUUUAUCUGCCUGAGCUUCUACACAUUCCGGCUGGCGCAAGCUGCCAGCUUCAGCCGAGCGGAGGUGUUCUGGAAGGACCCCAAGAACCUGGUCGUCAUGGGCGUGGUCGGGGUCACCCUCAUCGACAUGGUCAUCUUCACCGCCAUGGAGAUGGGCGGUCUGACCGGCAUGGGCAUCCGCUGCACGCGCCCGCUCAGACCGUUUCUCAUGGUCAACUUUGCGGAGAACAAACAGGUCCGCCGUGCGGUGCGAAAUAUUCGCAACACGCUCAAAGAGAUUAUCUACGCGCUCAUCCUACUCUUCAUGAGCAUUGCUCUUUUCUCGCUGCUUGCCCUGAAGCUUUUCCAACGAAGAUCUUUAUUCUACCCCGACGGCCGUCCAUACUUCAAGGACUAUUUUGACAUUUACUUCAGCCUGUAUGUUUUAAUUACCACCGCUAAUCAUCCCGACGUAAUGAUGCCUGCUUACAACGACAAUGCCCUGUUUGCCCUGUUCUUCGUGGUGUACACUCUCAUCUGCCUUUACAUUUUCAUGAACAUAAUCUUGGCCGUCAUAUACUACAACUAUCGUGAGAAUCUCAAGGUGGAAGUGCAGAAUAUGGUUGCGGUGAAGCGUGACAACCUGUCCCGUGCCUUCGACCUUCUCAAAGUUCGCGAUGGAGAUUCCUUCGUCAUCACUUACAGCCGUUUCGUGGCUCUGCUCGACAAGAUACCGCCGGCGAGAAGCGAAGUCACGAAAAAAAUUCUUUGGUACGUGCUUGACCAGAAUGGGGACAACAAAGUGGACCUUCCAGAUUUCAUGUACCUUGCUGACCUUCUGAACGUGCGAAUAGUUGAAACGGAAGAAACUCAGAACUGCUUCGAGAAGUACAUGCCACGCGUGUACAACUGCGUGGUGUCUCAGUGGAUACGCACCAUGACAGCGCACAUUUUUUUCAGAUACCUGUUUGACCUGCUGAUUCUAGUCAAUGCCAUAGUCAUCGGACUGGACGUAUACGAAGCCGAGUGGUUCUUCUUGACAGUAUUCAGCGUUGAGAUAAUGCUCAAGAUAUACGCCUUCGGAUUCGUUCAGUUUAUGAAGCAGGCAUGGAACGUUUUUGACUUUAUCAUCAUUGGUUCUGCAGUGGUUGGAACACUAUACGAAGUAGCCGUUGGAGCAUCAAACAACAGCAGGACGUUGACUCUUGACAUUCUCUUGGUCUUGCGAGUUCUCAGGCUUGUGAAGCUGAUCCGCAACUUCAAAAAGUUCCGUGGAAUUAUAAACACCAUCACGAACCUGGGGCCAUCGAUAUUGACAUUUGGCGGCGUUUUGUUUGCUGUCUAUUACGUCUAUGCUGUCAUCGGCAUGGAGCUGUAUCGAGACAAGAUCACAUUCUACGGAGGCUUCAACGGAACGCAUUCAAUGGAAACGCAGCUGUACUGUGGCAAUGCCAAACUGAAGCACUCAACAUUUUAUGCGACGGGCUAUUGCAAGAACAACUUCAACAACAUUUUCAGCUCAUUCGUUGUCCUGUUUGAGCUGAUGGUCGUCAAUCAGUGGCACAUCCUGACCGAGGGAUUCGUGCACGUCACGAGCAAGGCUGCUCGCCUGUAUUUCCUGCUGUUCCACCUGUCCUGCGUCGUCAUUGUACUGAACAUCUUCACGGCAUUUGUGCUGGAAGCCUUUCUCCUGGAGUACACUCUUGACAAGACCAAGAUUGAAAGUGCCGUGGAAACGAAGAUCAGAGAGAUGGGGCUCAAGUUGGGAAAACAACCACGAAAAAAAUCCUCCAAGGAAGAAGGUGGCAGUGGUGAUGGCAAGCCUCAGUUCUCCGAAAUGUACGUCGACUCUGACCACAAUGUUCUGGAGGACAGCUUGGACAAACCAGACACUGCAAGAAACCCAAAUGUUCCUGACAUGUCCGACAGUGUGAAAAGCAGGUUUCACAUCAUGAAAAAGAGAAGGGUUGAAGACAUCUUGGUGAUGAUGUUUGAAGAUGAACUUGAAGAGCUCGAAAUCAUGGCCAUGGCUGCUGCUAAUGUGUCGUGCACUUGUCCGUGCACCUGCGGCAAGAAGCAAGCGGCCGUGUAAUGACUGCUUUUAGCACGUCGCGAUAGCGCAGUCUUUCAGUUCUCACUGUUUCAGUGGGGCUGUAUAUCUUGAGGCACUUGAAUUAUUUCUGUAUUGUUCGUGUCGUGUGACAAUUCGAUUGCGCUGCAUCACGCGAUAGUCAGCAAGGCGAAGUGUCACAAUAUCGAACUUGGAUAGUGAACACAUAAUAAUCGUGCAAUAUUAUGUCGCCGAUACUUAAGCCUUACUUUUUCGUGCGUUUAGCUUGUGUAGGUUCGUUUUGAACCUCAUUUUAUUAGCCAAUGUAAUUAAUGCUCAGAACACUCUACAGUUCUGUUUGAUUGGCUGGCGCGCAGCUACUCAAAUUCACUGUGCAAAGACAUCGACAUAACUUUAUAUAGUGGUCGUGUAGCAUGUGACACAGCCCUCCUAUUUACAAUUGUGGCACCCAGUGUCUUGUAUACAUUCAUUCCAUUUUGCCUUAUUAUCUUUAGCUAGCUUCUACAUGUAUUUGUACUUAUUUUGUACAUAAUUACUUUAGUAGAGGGGCUUGGCUCUUCGCACAUGCACGUCUACUUCCAGGACUUCUAAGUGCUGUCCAUGCAGCUACAAUGAUCGGCAGCAAGUGGCUAUGUUUUACAUGUGCGUAUAGGCUAAAGCCCGCUGUAUUUAUAAAUAAACUUUACUCUGUUGGUGAUCUUUGA